AUGGCGAGCGGGGCGGACCGCAUCAGCGCCCUCCCGGAGGACAUCCUCCACCACGUGCUCCGCCUCCUGCCGGCUCAUGAGGUGGUGCGGACGUGCUUGCUCGCCCGCCACUGGCGCGGAGUCUGGAGGUCCGUGCCCACCCUCCGCUUCACCGGGGCCAAGGGGUGGGGCAGCGCCGACAUGUUCGCCCAAUUUGUGGACCACUUGCUCCACCUCAGGUACGAGGGCGACGGUCCGCCUCUGGAUUCCUGCGAUUUCGACUUUGAUUCCGACGGAUUCAUGCUGUUGCCCGCUAAGGAGUGGCAUGCGAGCACCUGGCUCUGGAAAGCCCUGCCUCGUGUUCGGGCUCUCCGGCUCCGGCUUCGUAUUGUCGACGAGCAGGAAGCCUUGCCACUAUCUUAUAUGCAUCUCUUCUCCCAGCACCUCACGAGAUUAGAGCUUGUUGGUGUCUCUUUCAACAACAGCGUCGCUGAUUUUUCAGGCUGUCCGGCAUUGGUGGAACUGAGUAUGGAUACUUGUGACGUCUUUAUGAAACAACUGCUGUCUCCAUCCUUGAAACAUCUGCGAAUUGCCCGCUGCUAUAUUUCUGAUCGUUACCGCAUUCUUAUUUCUCUACGAAAUCUUGUUUUGCUUGAGUUGAUCGAAUGCCACCGAGGAAGGGUUCCAUUGCUUGGAAGCUUGCCGCGGUUAGCAAGAGCUGUUGUGGUGCUUAACGAGCAUUGUGCUGAUCAAUGCUCUCAGGAUCGGCUUGAUAGUUGUGGUGCUGGGAGAAGAGAUAUUUGUUAUGGUUGUUAUUAUUAUUAUGGAGAUCCUGGACAUGGGCCUCAUUAUGACCGCAACGACUGCAUCUUUCUCAAAGGUUUAUCAGAAGCCACAGACUUGGAGUUGUCAGCUGAUUCUGUUGUGACUGUUCUCAACAGGGAUUUGAAGUGGUGCCCUACAUUUACCAAGUUAAAGACUUUGCUACUAAAUGAUUGGUGUUUGGCUGCUGACCACAAUGCACUAAUUUGCUUUCUCCAACACUCACCAAUUUUGGAGAAGCUUACCCUUCAACUUUCUGAGGGACCUUCAUAUGUAACUGAAGCAGAAGGAAUAUACAAACCAUUGGGACAGUCAGUUGCAUCCAACUGUCUUAAGAUUGUUGAAAUCAAAUGUGCAAAUGUUGAUAAAAAGGUUCACCAAAUUUUGAAGAUACUGACUACUUAUGGCAUACACCUUGAGAAAAUUAGUGUCCAACAAACUAGCGGAAUUCCUGGAUCUGGGUGUGAGUUAAACUGUUGGCACUCUUCAAGCUACUUAUAUUUCCAUUUGUUAUUGUGUUUAUGCGCUAUACAACAGUCAGUGAAGAAAAUCUCAAACUAA